UCAUUUACUGUGAACCUAUCCAAGCAUUAACAACCAGCCUCCUGCAAUUUACAAAUUGGAAAUAUUUUUGUAAUCUAUAAUGGACGUCAAAGAUGGAAAAAAACUAUCGUUAUCUUUCGGAGUGACAUGUGCCAUAUGCACUGAGUUUUACGCACCAUACGAUGUGAUAUAUUCUUCAGCCAAAUGUGGGCAUAUUUUCCACAAAUCCUGUUUAAGGCGCUGGCUUACUGUUUCCAUGACCUGUCCGCAAUGCCGAGCGAGUUGUCACAAGGAAUCCACAUCUAGGAUAUAUUUAAACUUCUGCAAUACAGAGGACCUCCAGGAUAAGAAGCCUAUUCAAUGGGUUCCAUUGAAUUAUAACACAAAAAAGCUACCAGAAGGCGUUGUUAGAAGUGGUUUCGAUGAGAUGGGAAACUCCACAUAUGUGGCACGGGCAUACAUGAACGACGAUAUGUUGCCAGCGGGCUAUGUGGCCAGGAACAAAUCGGCAUUAUGUUCCUGGGAUUGUCAGGCCUAUAAGCUCUGCACCGAAUUGGAAGUUUUGGUUCUGGCUGGUUGUGAUUAUAAAUGGGUUGCUGGAACAAAAGGAAGUUACCCGGCAGAUGCCCUUCAAACCGGAUAUACUGAAGAUGGGGAAGUCACUUAUACAGGACGUGGCCUGUACAAAGGAAUCAUGCGACUGGGUAAAGUGCAUCCAUCCCAUGGGGUGAUGUACUUACCGUAUGAUGAUCUGGAAGUAAAUAUUUUACACUAUGAGGUGCUGGUGGUAAUCCCUAGAUAA